AUGAAUUUUACAAAACCACCGUUACCCUUCUUUGGAAAUAAGAGUAGAUGUAAAGAUAUUCUAUUGAGAGAACUUAAGAAACUACCGAAUGGUCUAACAUUUGUAGAUUUGUUCGGUGGAAGUUUCUAUAUAUCUCAUUUGUGCCAUACUGUAUUUCCUGACUCAAAGAUUAUAUGCAAUGACUUCGACAACUAUAUGAACCGUCUCAAACAUAUACCAGACACUAACAAAAUAUUGAGUGAGUUGAAAGAAAAGAUACCUAUAGGUAAGAUGGAACGUAUACCAUUAGAUAAGAAAAAUACUGUCAGAGAGGUUUUGAAAAAAGCAGAGUAUAUUGACUGGGAUAGUAUAUCUUCUAGACUAUUGUAUAGUGGUUCUAUAAGAGUUCAUGACAUUGAAACACUUAUGUCAAACGUUUUAUAUCUUAACUAUACAAAGGUUUUCAAAGAGAACAUAGAAAAAUAUACUGAGGGUAUAGAGUUUGUGAGAUGUCGUUGGACAGAGUUGUAUGAAAAAUAUAAAAACAAGGAAAAUGUUUUCUUUAUAGUAGACCCGCCGUUCUAUAACACAUACGAUUUUCAAUACCAAGUAGACUGGACUUUGAGAGACUCUUUAGAAACUUUAGACGUUUUACAUAA